AUGUUGUUUGAGUCUAUGAUCAUUGAACUCCUAACAUUGAACAACAGUAGUCCUAACCACUGUGGUUUUCAUUCCCUUCGGUAUACGUAUAGUGCAUAUGCCAGCAAUGAUAAAUUGGUUGAAUUUGUGGCACAGGGUUUGUUAGAUGAUGUCCAGAUUGAUUACUAUGAUAAUCACAUUAGAAGGAAAGUGCCAAAACAGCAGUGGAUGAAUGAAAGUAUGGAGGCUGGGUACUGGGAAAGAGGCACUCAAAGUCGAAACAGUAAAGAGCACUGGUUCACUGUAAACACUCGGAUCGUUAUGCAACGCAGAAAUGACACAUCUGGUUAUCAUACUCUCCAGUGGGUACAUGGAUGUAGUUUGACUGACGGGAUUAAGAUUGGCAUUGAUCAGUAUGCUUAUGAUGGGGAAGAUUUCCUUUCUUUUGACAAAGAAAGUCUCAGUUGGAUUGCAGUGAAUAAAGCUGCCCAACAGACUAGAGAAAAAUGGGAUGAAGAAAAAAAUCUGAAUCAGUACACGAAAAGAUAUCUUGAACAAGAAUGUAUUGAGUGGUUGCAGAACUUUUUACGCUUUAGCAAUGGAAAACUAGAGAAGAAAGUUGGUCCUGAGACCAAAAUUUUCCGGAAGAGAAGGCAUGAUGGAAAAUACACAUUCUCUUGCCAUGCUUCAGAAUUCUUUCCCAGUGCUCUCAGCAUAAAAUGGAUUAAUAUCAAAACCAAUGAGAAAAAAGAAUAUACAGCUGAAGCUUUACCAAACUCUGAUGGCACAUUCCAGGCAUGGGUUGACAUUGAUAGUGAUCUAGAGUGUGCCCGUGACUUAGUCUGCAUGAUAACACAUGGCAACUCCAGUGAAGAACACCGUAUACCUGCUGAAGAAGCUGGUCUUACUGCUAUUGCCAAAGAUGCAGUUAAAGAUGAAACAGCUGACCUACUAAUCAAAGACGAAAAAACUGCAACUGCUGCUCUUGACAAAGUUUCAGAUAAAGAUGAAACAAGUGACCCACUAAUCGAAGGCAACUCUGAGAAUCACAGUGGCUCUAGCAGCUCAGAGAGGUCCAACUCUUCUGGUUAUUCCAGUGAGAAUGUUUCAGCUUCCAAGACAGAAGUGAAAUAACAAUGUUAAUAGCCUGAAAAUACAGCCUGGAGUGUGAGAAGAUGGAAGAUGUUUAUGAUUCAAACCAUAUAUUUUGAUUGGAUUAUUCUUAAAAUCUGAAUAUUUUGAUGAUGUGAUUAAGCUGUUUAUACACAUUAUUGUUCUUGUAUUAUUUUCAAUAAUGAGAAAAAGCUGACUAGGAUACGAUUAAGUAGUAAUGACUAAGGUUAUAAUGAAGCCAGGGUGAAGGCCAUACAUGGGAGAAGAAGAAGAAUUCUUGCAAUGGAAUUAUAGACUUCUGAAGAUAGUAACAUGUUGCUGAUUGCUUAGUGGGUGAUGAUAAUAUUUCCCAAACACGUGCGAUAUUUUCCUGAACAAUUAUGCAUGGAAAUAGAUUAGCUAUACUUAUACAGUAAACUCUCAGUAAACCGGAAGUCAAGCAACCGGAACUCUCAAGUAACCAGGAAAAAAAAUCGAAGACAUACAGUACGAUUUUCAUGUGUUUCACUUUUCUGCCCCCCUCCCCCCACAGUAACAUACCUUACAUUUUUAAAGUUUUAAACAGGAAGAUAGGAAUAAAUUCCCUCUCUCCCCAACCUAAGAACAAGUCAAACCAAACAAAUAAUAUAGGGUACAGUGUUAGUCAGGUCUGUUUUUAAUACUAACUCUCAAGCAACGAGAAACUAUACAGUUGUCCGGCAUCUACCAAUCCCCAUGGGUGCCAGUUAACUGAGAGUUUAUAACAUUUUAAGAUUAUGUCAUACUUUGUAUAUUUUAUAUGUUGGAAACCUUCUCUAUUUUCUUAAGAUGUAUGACAUUAAGAUUUGAUCAUGAUCACCAUGGAAUCACUUUUAAUGUAUAUAUUAUCCAAGCUUUUAUUGACAUCAUGUUUUUUAUAUUAAUUACAUAUGACACAUUGCAUUGACAUUAUGCUUAUUAUUUUGACAUUAUUUUAUUAGGCAUUUUAAAUGUAAGAAUCUUUAUAAGUCUCAGUUGCACAAUGCAUGAAUGUUAGUUUAUUGUGAAUGAGAUGUAAUUAAAAGAUUGGUUAAAAUGAUUGGUACUGUACCACAGAACAUAAACUCAGCCCACUUCAAGGAAAUUAGGCUUUUUUCUUUUACUGAGAAUUUUGGCAGCUGUUUCUGUACUUUCCUGAAGGAUUUUAUGCAAGCAGAGCUGAUUAUUAAUUGUCAUGGCUAUGUGCUGGUUUUCUUAUUUUGGUUAAUCAUAUCUACUUAUAUAAUGGAUUUGACAGUUUUGGUGGGGUUACAAAGAUAAUGAUAUACUGUCAAGUACUUCUAAAGCUAUUAUUUUGAAAAUGGAAUUGGAAUGCUAGCUGAAUAUCAAUUAUAAGAUUUAGUAUUUGAACUGCACAUUUGACUGAAGUUACAAGAUUACGUUGCGAUAAAUGAUUGCAGGUGUUCUUCAGUGGAAUCAUUGCAGUAUAACAAGAGGAGUCUCUCCUUAACUUUUCAGGCACUGAAAGUACUCAUGCAGUGAACAAGAUCUUUCAUUCAGCAAAAAGAGUCUGCAAUAACAAUAUCUAGAUUCAGAAAUAAGAUUGCUGGUUUUAAUAAUUGGCUUCACAAUGUUGCCAUUUACAGGCAUUCACUGCUUAUCCACUCAAUGAAAUGAGAUUCACUUCAUCUUGAUUAGCAGGUGACAGAUCCUCCUCUUCCCAAGAGGGUGGGUUCUGAACAGAAAAUGUCUUCCUCCCUUAGUGUCUUUCUAGACAAAGACAGGUUGUUUGAUUUUAUUCAACAGCCUAAACAAGACACUGAAGUGAAGGUAGUGCUCAUUAGUGCUGUAUUAGUCAUAACAAAAAAGGUAAUUUUUGAAUGUUUUCCUGGGCCUGUAAUGUGUGAAGAUGUACUGUGUCACAGUGAGCUAGUUCAAGGAUUCAUCUAGUAUCACAUGAAUUCUGGAAUUUAAGGGCUAUCUAUCACUGUUUUUGAGCAAACAUAAAAACACGUCAUUUGCAUACAUAAAACCUUAAAUGGCUAAUGUUAGAUGCCAACCCAGAUGAAGAAAUAAUAGCAAAUACAAUUAUUAAAACAGAGAUGCAAGUGUUUUCCAUUUUAUUAUCCCACAAAAACAUGAUGAAUUACUUAAUAAAUUGACAACUUUAGCGGCUGAUUGACAGACAUCUUAUUCACUGCACAGUCAUUCUCAUACAAAAUGUUGAAAUAAAACUUUUCAGAGAUGACAUUUGCAGCAGACAGACUGUUGUAAUGUACAUAUUUAAAACAGAGAUCCUGAGUGUCAUCAUGGAAUGUAGAUCUGACAAAGCAGCACUUGUAAAAAUAGUAACUAUUCUUAUUCAGCUGUUAGUUCGAGAAAAAAUUAGUUUCUGUAACUUUUAACUUAUGUUGUAAUUAUUUGUUUUACAGUGUGGGGCUGAUUGCACUCAUUUUUCUUUUGUUUUGUUUUGUUAUACCAUUGUUUUUAAAUGCUUCAUUGGAGUUUAUGUGGUAAUGAAAAUUCUUCAAAUGAAUAAAUAAGUCUUGGGAUGAGGAA